CGGUUCUGAAUGAUUAAUAUCGUGUAUCGCUUUUAUACACUCCAUGAAAACAGCGUUUUGUUGUUCCUUUUCGUACGGGCAGCAUAAUUAUAAUGAAGUACAAAAAAUUUUUUCUGGUUAUUCUGACUUACAAUUUAAGUUUUUUUUUUCCACUUUUGUUACAAUUAAUCGACUAUAAUUUGUAUGAAAAUUUUUGAUAUAUGGAUAGCGUGCACUUAAGCAUGGUUGUUUACAAAAAGUAGUACGAAAAAGAUGGCCGAUACUGACGCAUGCGCAAAAAAAAUUGGUAACCAUGUAAUGCUAAGGUAACCAUGGCAAUGGAUAUGCUUUUCAAUGUAAACACACCUGUCAUCAGUCCAUUGUCCGGAGAAGCCCGGACUUAGAAAGCAUGUAUAUUACGAGCAUGUCGGUUGGUGGUUCAAUUUUCAAUUAAGAAAUAGUAACGAUGUACUUUUUUACCCUCAAUAAUUCACCAGGAUAACUCAGAAAUAAUAUUUUUCAUAAAUUUUCGGGCUCCCAAAAUUUGCUUUCUUUGAAUGCGCCAUAAAUAUUACGUCAAAAUUCAAAUGACGUAUGUAAAUAGAGCAUCUCUCAGAAUGAUGGAGAGAGUAACAAGUGAUGAUGCAUCGAUUACAGAACCAAGCGUAAUGUUCAAUAAAAUACCUCCGUGGCUUAUUGAAAUUUCUGAAAAUGUGAAAAAAUUGAGCAAUCCAGAAAAAGAAAUUGGUUUUUCAUCCGCUAAAUCCUUUUCUCCGGAUGACCUGCAGAUCAACUCUGAAAUUCAUUCGGCAGCUUCUACUCUUAUAAAGAUAAAGAAUGAUAGAACAGUUCACCAACCUCGCCGAUUAUCUUUUGCGGUGCAAGCUUCUAACAGUGGCAAUGGCUGUGUGAUUACGCAAUCAUCUACUAGUUCUUCGCUCCCCAAUACACCAAAGAAUGGACAAGAUUUUUCUCGGGCUCUCUCUGCUUUUCCAGCCUUUAACUUAUCACAUAUGAAUAAAAACGGGUUUAGUACUUUGGAUGAGUAUCUGGAUAAAAAAGAUGUUGAAAAAAGCUCAGACUCAAAUGGUGGGGUGACAAAUCAUGACCACAUGUAUAUAUCUUCCGCUCCAAAACUAUUGGAACCUGAACAUCCCCAGAGCCAUACAAUACUCGUGGAAGAGCAAACGGAGCAAUUUGUUAGUAAACAUUCAAUGGUCAAUGUACAGAUAAAAGAGAAUGGAAGACCAUCCAGAAAUCAACAGUUGCUGAAUGCUAGACAACCAAGGGGUCGAAUCCUCCCACGUAAGGGUGCAAAUGCUCAGCUACAUUACACAGCAGCAGAAGACAGCUCAAAUUUACCAAUUGGAGUGAUAAAAAGAAGACAAAACUAUCUGGCAGGCGUUGCUUCAAGAGAAGACAUUCAAACAGAGGGCAUAGACAAGAAUGAAUUACGCAUUGAUACGAAGGGCAUAUCUCGUUCAUCGAUUUCAAGGCUGAAAAAUGCUAGUGAUUUUCAAUUAAUUGAUAAGGUUGCACAGUUGAAUCUACAGACUACUAGAAAACCGAAUCUCACAGAGAUUGUUAAAAAAAGUGUACAAGCUGAUUUCAUUUGGCAAAAAAAUAGUCCUGACCCAGCAUUGUCUUCUUACCAGCAUCCCUCGUAUCAUUUUGAGCGAUAUCCACCCAGAGAUGUUGAUGAUAAUGUUUGUCAUGAUUUUAUUAUACCUGAACUUCCACGUGGGACCGAGCUGACCAUCGAUAUUUCUACAACCUGGGGUGACAAACAUUAUGUCGGACUCAAUGGUAUCGAGAUAUUUUCAGAUGUUGGCGAAUCUGUUGCUAUUAGCAAGAUAUGGGCUGAUCCCACAGAUAUAAAUAUUCUGCCGGAAUAUAACAACGAUCCUCGUGUAGUUAGAAAUUUAAUUAAUGGAAUAAAUCAGACAACGGAUGAUCACAAUUUAUGGCUAACUCCGUAUAUAAAUGGGAAUCAUCAUUAUAUUCAUAUCGCAUUUGAGACUACUUCAUACAUUGCGAUGAUCAGAAUUUGGAACUACAACAAAUCCAGAAUUCAUUCUUAUAGAGGAGUCAAGGAUCUGGUGAUGAAACUUGACGAUAUAGUCAUAUUCGAUGGGGAAAUCGCCAGAGCAUCUGGAGGAGUAUUUGGAAAUGUUGAUUCCUUUGGGGAUACGAUUCUAUUUACAACCGAUGAACACAUUUUGGAGCUAAUAUCCCAGCAUGAUGUAAUGUACUCUUGUGCCUCGGGAAACAUUAAAUCUCCGAUGAAAGAAAUAGAUCGACCAAUGACAACAGAUACAGGCGAUGGACGGCCGCUAACUUGCGCAAGUUCGAAUCAUUCAAAUUUGUCAAACUCCAGUAGCAACAAUUUUUCAUACGUCUGCAAAGAAAUCGAAUUGGUGCUUAUAUCUAAUUGGGGACACCCUUCUCUUAUUGGGCUCACUGGUAUCGAGCUGAUAGGUGACCAAGAUUCUUUGAUUCCCUUGACGCAGGCCUCACUACACUGUAGUGUUGGUAAUGAAAAUCUUCAUCGAUUGUUGGAUAACAAUAAUUUAACAACCGAGACCAAUCAUAUGUGGGCAGUAUAUUUUUCACCAGGUGAUAUGGUCACUGUAACAAUUACAUUUAAAACAGAAGUUUUCCUCACUGCCGUAAAAAUUUGGAACUACAACGGCUCCUUGGAGCUUUCAUACUGUGGGGUCAAACGACUACUCAUAAAAUUAGAUGGUAAAUCCGUAUCUGAAUAUCGCGAUGGCUUCACACUAAGAAGAGCUGCCGGUUGUUGUCACUACGACUACGUUCAUGAAAUCAACUUUGCUAAUCAAUCUGGUACGUCGGAAUCGUCAAAACGACAUUCUGUGCCAUUGGAUGCAUUAUUGAAAGCUAGCAUAUGUGUCAAUUUGGACUAUGAAGCUCCGCUAAUGCCGCAGGGUUUUGUCUAUCAAGUAAUCAUAUUCUCCACUUGGGGUGAUCCUUAUUACGUCGGUCUAACUGGAAUUGAAAUGUACGAUUCCCAUGGUUUUUGCAUUCAAUUAACGAAAGACAAUAUUGCUGCUUAUCCAGAAAGCGUAAACGUGAUUGAGGGAGUCAACAACGACGUAAGGACGCCGGACAAAUUAGUCGAUGGAGUGAAUGAUACCACCGAUGAUCAUCAUAUGUGGCUUGCUCCAAUUUCAUCAGAUCAGACUAACAGGGUCUACAUAAUUUUUGACUCUUGUGUCACAGUGUCCAUGAUUCGAUUCUGGAAUUACAAGAAAACUCCGCAUCGUGGUGUAAAAGAGUUUGGUAUACUAGUGGAUGAUUUACUGGUUUAUAACGGUAUUCUGAAUAACAAUGUUCCUUACGGCACGGUACUCUUCACCAGCAAUAAAGACGAAGACUCUGAUGGGCAUAACAUAAUUGAAAAUAUACGAGUGGGGCGCGACAUCAACCUAAUGAAUUUUGAAAGACGAGCUACAUCUGGUGGAGAUGGCUAUGCAGAUCCGCUUCUACGUCCUCACACAUCUUUGAUGCAAGCUAACUUGCAUAGUAAGACUGCAUCAAAUGUACUGUAGUCUGAAUCUAAAGUCGAUAUGGCUUUCGAUAACGAAUUCAAAUCCUUACCUCAUUUGUGCAAUGAUUUAUUAGGACAUUAGGUACAACAGUAAGUAUUGAAUGAUUUUUUGCCAGGAUACAGAGUAUAGAAUUAUCAAUUAGGAUUUUUCAUGUUCAUGUAUCAUAGUUAUUUAUGCUACAUGUGGGAUAAGUAGCAAAUAAUCUGACAGUCGUGUUGUUGCGACAUAAGCGUAAGGUUUAUGAGACAUUCGUAUGAAGACUCGUGUGGUUGUCGCAACUCGCCUAAGGGCUCGUAGCGACAUCUACCACACUCGUCUUCAUAAGAAUGCUCCAUAAACCUUACAGCGAAUGUCGUAAUCACGACUGUCAUAUUUGCUUCUUUAUCCCACUUGUAGCAUACAAUACUUUUUACAACUACCGCUCUGGAUAUUGCAUUUGAGAGGAAUACAAUAAUUUUGAAAAUAAUUUUUGUCAAUAAAUAGGGGUUAGGACUGA